UAACAUGUCCAAUUCCCUUAAUUUCUGGCUUUAAUAAUAUCUGUGUUGUAGAAUGAUGAAGAGAAAGAGAUCAGACUCACCAGAACCCAGCUGUGUGUCCAUGAAGAGCGACGGGUCAAUGCCUCAACCAGCUAACUUCAGAGACAGAGACAGUUCUCCUGAUCCGAGACCACAACAGAAGAAAUCAAAACUCAGCAGAAAUCACACAGCUCUCGCUAACACACUGCAGAACGAGUCUGUGGCCUCUGUGUAUCAGACAAAUCUGAAAUCCAACCUGAGAGAGAAGUUUAAAAGAAUUAAUGAAGGAAUCUCACAGCAUGGAAGUUCAGCACUUCUGAAUGAGAUCUACACAGAGCUCUACAUCACAGAGGGUUGGAGUGGAGACGUCAAUAAUGAACACGAGGUGAGACAGAUUGAGACAGCUUCCAGGAGACCAGCAACACAGGAGACACCCAUCAAACGUAAUGAUCUCUUUAAAGACGAGUCCAUCAGAAGUGUUCUGACGGAAGGAGUUUCUGGAAUUGGAAAAACAGUCUCUGUGCAGAAGUUCAUUCUGAACUGGACUGAAGGAAAAGCAAAUCAGGACGUCACCUUCAUGUUUCCACUUCCCUUUAGAGAGCUGAAUAUGAUGAAACAGAAAAAUCUCAGUCUGAUGGAUCUUCUUCAUCACUUUUUCCCUGAAAUGAAAGAACUAGAAUUAAUAGACUCCUACAAAGUGGUGUUGAUCUUUGAUGGUCUGGAUGAGUGUCGACUUCCUCUAAAUUUCCAGAAGAAUGAGAUGUUGUGUGAUGUGACAGAGUCAGCCUCAGUGGAUGUGCUGCUGACAAACCUCAUCAAGGGGAACCUGCUUCCCUCUGCUCUCCUCUGGAUAACCUCUCGACCAGGAGCAGCCAAUCAGAUCCCUCCUGAGUGUGUAGACCAGGUAACAGAGGUACGAGGGUUCAGUGAUCCUCAGAAAGAGGAGUAUUUCAGGAAGAGGAUCAGUGAUCGGAGCCUGGCCAAUAAAAUCAUCUCACACAUGAAGUCUUCAAGAAGCCUCCACAUCAUGUGCCACAUCCCAGUCUUCUGCUGGAUCUCAGCCACUGUUCUAGAGAGAAUGUUGGGUGAAACAGAGAGAGGAGAGAUCCCCAAGAGUCUGACUCAAAUGUUCACACACUUCCUGAUCUUUCAGAUCAAACACAAGGACCAAAAGUACCAUCAGAAAUGUGACCCUGAUCCUCAGCAGACCAGAGAGAGUAUCCUGGCACUGGGAAAACUGGCUUUCCAACAGCUGGAGAAAGGAAACCUGAUCUUCUAUGAGGAAGACCUGAGAGAGUGUGGCAUUGAUGUGAGAGAAGCUUCAGUGUACUCAGGAGUGUGUACCCAAAUCUUCAGAGAGGAGUUUGGGCUUCACCUGGGGAAGGUGUUCAGCUUUGUACAUCGGAGUGUUCAGGAGUUUCUGGCUGCUUUAUACACGUUUCUCUCCUUCAUCAGCAGAAAUGUAACAGAACAACAAACCACUGAUCUGUCUGAUCUUCUCACCAAGUCAGACAUGUCUGAUCUCCUCAGGAGUGCCGUGGACAAGGCCUUACAGAGUGAGAAUGGACACCUGGACCUGUUCCUCUGCUUCCUUCUGGGUCUCUCACUGGAGUCCAGUCAGACUCUCUUACGAGGCUUAAUGCCACAGACAGGAAGCAGCUCUCACAGCAAACAGGAAAUAGUCAAGUACAUCAAGGAGAAGAUCCGGGAGAAUCCAUCUCCAGAGAAAUCCAUCAAUACUGCUGUGCAGUGUGUUAGCGAGAUCUGUGUGGUUCAUGUUCUUCAGGACGUGCAGUGUGAUCUUCAGCGCUCCCUCUCUGACACUGUGCAGAUCCUCCUCAUCCUCCACCACCCUCUCAGUGCAUGCUGGGUAAUCUGGACUCAGGAGCUUCCUAAACCUCUUCAGCUCAUUCUUCAUCAGAGUGAUGACUUUGUGUUCCAGCUCCUGGUUAGAAACACACAGGAACACAUCUAAAUAUUAUAAUGUUACACACUGAGAGAUGCUUUUAUUUUAUAAAAUAGAAGAAAAGUCUCUUUCUAUUCCCACAGUUACAGCUGAAAUUCUGUCUGAUUACCCAUAAUGUUGCUGCACAU